AACUGUGGAAACAACAACAGAAGCUCCUUCCACAUCAAGCAACUGGUGGUGGACAAUGACUGGACAAACAACAACAGCAGUUUCUUAUACAACAACACUAACCCCUUAUACAACUAGCCAAAGUGGUUGGAGGCCUACCACCCAAACAUCAACAUACUCACCACCUACAGACUACGACCGACUAAGUAAAAUACCCAUCCAGUUUGUUGUGGAAGUUAUUUCUUCAGUGCCCAGCUGCAACUUUGGGGAUUACAGGCCUCUGUAUUUGAGCCCUACGCCUUCCCACAGACAAAUCCGAAAAGCGUUUGUCAAUAGUCAGUUUCAGUUCACCAUUAGAGCACAAGCAUCAUAUGCUGUUAUAGAGAACAUUAUGAUCAGUGGCCCUCUGAAUAUAACAAAAUCAUACCAGUAUGAUAACCAGACACGCAUUGGAGAAGCACAGGUGACAUGGACACCUUCUGAAAAUGACCAAGGCGAGUCCGUCCCCAUUUGUUUCUUUGCUGAGACUCACGAAGGGUACCAGUCUGAGCUGAGAUGUGUAGUAGUGACAGUAGGAAGACAAGACUUUCUCCCACUGAAUGCUGAGGCCAGCGUCGUGUGCACUGAGACAACGAUGUCCCUGUUUGUGCUGAAGUCUUCGGUUCCGGGCCUUAAUGAACAAUACAUGCGACUUAAUGACCCCCGCUGCUCACUGACAUCUAACUCAACACAUCUGAUCGCAAGUGUAUCUCUAAACUCCUGUGGCACUCGUUAUCAGGAAAAUGAGACAGAGAUAAUAUUCCAAAAUGAGAUUACAACAUUUGAUCAACCCAAUCAAGUCAUAAGCAGAAAAAACCAGGUCGAGAUUCCUUUCAGUUGUUCUUACCAUAAAACAGGGACAGCAUCUGCUGCCUUCUCUCCUCACAAAGCCAGCUACCUGUUCUCUGAAGCUGGCUUUGGCUCCUUCACCUUUGUGUUUGAGUUUUAUGAAAGCAGCGACUUCACAAGCAUCAUCGACCCCAGCGAGUACCCGAUUGAGGUGGAACUUGGGCAGAUGUUGUACAUGGGCAUCAGUGUGGAGUCGCAGCUUGAUAACAUUGUGCUGUUUGUUCAGAACUGUAGAGCCACACCUCAUGACGACCCCAAUGACCCAACCUACUAUGACAUCAUUUCAGACGGGUGUGUUCAGGAUGACACAACAAUCAUCUUCCCCAGCAACCAGACAGAGUUCAGAUUUGGAAUGGCGGCCUUCACUUUUAUCGGGGAUUACAGCCAGGUGUACAUGACCUGUACAGUCAUUCUGUGUACUGCUGGAAGUCCUGGAUCCCGAUGCUCUCAGGGCUGUGUUAACAGCACAUCUACUGCGUCCAGGUACAGGAGAUCAUUAGCUUCAGAAAGUCAGGAGCACUUCAUCUCUCAGGGACCACUCUACCUUGGAAGAAAAAAUCAGUACAACAAUGAGCUCAGUCUGAAUCCAAACAGCCUUGUCAUUGUGGUGGGCUUCAUUGUAGCUGUGGCCGCCAUGGCCGGUGUUGUGAUUUAUAAGAUAAAAAUGUCAAAGGUGGUCCGAUACGAACGUCUUCCUCCUUCAGAGUGCUGAGCAUCUUUAGAAUGAGUUGUCACCUCGGUGGAUUUGGGUGAAAAGAGGAGAAAUUACUGGGAGGCCAUAACCGCGUUUCCAAAAAAUAAAUGUUGACCUGAUAUAUGGUGGUGAGAAUCAGACUCAAAUUGAGGUGGCUUUGAAAAGCCAUGGUUACAUUACUUUUGA